AGCUCUCCUCUCAACAUUUCCCUAGCACUCACCCACCACAGCACCUUUUACAGGCUUCCAUCUGCUCUAGAAUUCCAUCCAAGCUCUUCCACCACCUUAGUUCGAACGGCAGGCUCACCAUGGCGACGGUGAUUCAGGAAACGUUCUAUACCUGAGUAGAUCAUCCCGCAUAAUUAUGGCCUCAACUUAGCUAGGAUCCCGUAUACAGCCAGCCAAGCCUUGCGUGUAAUUAGAAAUCUCGAGCCGCCACCUCGGCGGUUAACCCGCCAGGCUUUCAGCCGAAAUCGUCCAGCCUUCGACCGUCCGUCAGGAUGGCGUCCGUCUGUCAGAUCUGCGGCGAUUCCGUCGGCGUGGCCGUCGACGGAGAGCCAUUCAUCGCGUGCGGCCACUGCAACUACCCCGUCUGCCGGCCGUGUUACGAAUACGAGCGCAAGGAAGGUGGCAAGGCGUGCCCCAACUGCAAGACCUUCUACAAACGCCACAAGGGGAGCCCGAGGAUAGAAGCCGACGACGAGGAAGAUGAGGAGGGAGGAGAGGAACAACCGGCCGACUGGAGAUACCGAUCGUCGCUGUACCAGAGCGAUCCUAGCCCGCCCCCGGCGGCCGGAGGAACGCUGCACCAGCCGCAGCCGUCGAUAAACGACGCGCAGAAUCUCGCAUACGGCACGUCGCCAAUCCACGAGAACUCCGCGUUCCGAAGGUCGCAGAUGGACAACGACUCGGCGAGUGACUAUAACGAGCACCUGGGCAUGCCCGUGGGGUCGACGUCGCCGCAGGUCGGGCCGCGCAACGCCAUCGUGCCCAGCGGACCGGGCUUCGGCACGUUCGGCAACUCCACCAGCCAAGCGCAGAACGAGUGGCUCGCGCCGUCAGGCUCGGGGGCGGAAACCCCCGCCGUGCGCGCGCUGGACCCGAAGAAGGACCCCACGGAGUACGGGUACGGCAGCGUCGUGUGGAAGGGGCGCACUGUGGCUUCCGCCGACGGCAUGGAGGCGGGCGGGGGGGGAGCCGCGGGGAACUACGCGUACGGCGGCAUGGGCGGAGACGGGUCACCCACUCAAGACCAGGACGACCUGCCCACCAUGGACGAGUCGCGCCAGCCGCUCUCGCGCAAGAUCCACCUCAAGUCGGAGUUAAUCUCCCCGUACCGCCUCGUCAUCGUGAUGCGAUUCGUCAUCACCGUGCUCUUCCUCCGCUGGCGUAUCAUGAACCCCGUCUGGGACGCCUACGGGCUCUGGCUCGUGUCGAUUAUCUGCGAGGUCUGGUUCUUCUUCUCCUGGAUUCUCGAUCAGUUUCCCAAAUGGAACCCGAUUCGGCGGGAAACGUACAUGGACCGGUUGUCGCUGCGAUUCGAGAAGCCCAGCGAGGACUCGCAGCUCGCAGCCGUGGAUAUGUUCGUAUCAACGGUGGAUCCGAUGAAGGAGCCGCCGCUGACCACGGCGAACACGCUGCUCUCGAUCCUGGCCGUCGAUUACCCCGUCGAGAAGGUCGCGUGCUACUUAUCCGACGACGGAGGAUCCAUGCUGACGUUCGACAUGAUGGGCGAGACGGCGGAGUUCGCACGGAUCUGGGUGCCUUUCUGCAAGAAAUACAACAUCGAGCCGCGCGCGCCGGACGUUUACUUCAUCCAGAAGGUCGAUUUUCUCAAGGACAAGCUCGACACGACGUUCGUCCUGGAGCGGCGCACCGUGAAGCGGCAGUACGAGGAGUUUAAGGUGCGGAUUAACGCGCUCUGCGCGCGCUUCCAGAACGUCCCCGCGGACGGGUGGACCAUGCAGGACGGCACGCCGUGGCCCGGGAAUAAAUCCCGCGACCACCCGGGCAUGAUCCAGGUGUUUCUGGGGCCGAACGGCGGCGCGGGCUCGGACGGCGUGCCGCUCCCACGGCUCGUGUACGUGUCGCGUGAGAAGCGGCCCGGGUACAAUCACCACAAGAAGGCCGGAGCUAUGAACUCGCUGGUGCGCGUCGCGGCGGUGCUGACGAACGCGCCGUACAUUCUGAAUCUGGAUUGCGAUCAUUACAUUAACAACUCGCGCGCGCUCCGGGAGGCGAUGUGCUUCAUGAUGGACCCGAACGUGGGGCGGCGCUGCUGCUACGUGCAGUUCCCGCAGCGGUUCGACGGCAUCGACCCCAGCGAUCGAUACGCCAACAACAACACCGUGUUCUUCGACAUUAACUUGCCCGGGUUGGACGGAGUGCAAGGGCCGGUGUACGUGGGUACCGGUUGCUGCUUCCGGCGGCACGCGCUGUACGGAUUCGACCCGCCGAAGAAGGAGAAGAAGACGCGCAACGGGAUCUGCGCGCUCUGCUACUGCAUCCUGUGUUGCGGGGGCUGCGGCGGGCGCAAGAAGAAGGCCGCGGAGCUGCAGGCGCUGGCGGAAGGCGGCGGGGGGAGCGAGGGGAAGGGUAGGGGGAAGGUGAAGGGGCGCAAGGGGAAGGGGAAGAGCGGGCGGAUGGAGCGGAUCGUGGAGGGGCGGGAGGAGGUUGCGGCGAUGGCUAUGAGCGCGAUGGGCAUGGGGAUCGACGAAGUGGAAGGCAUGACGGAGGAGGACGAGAAGGGCAGUCUGAUGGCGCUGAAGAAGUUCGAGAAGCGGUUCGGCGCGUCGCCCGUGUUCGUGCUGUCCACGUUCCACGAGGAAGGCGGCGGCGUGGCGUUCACGGGCCCCGGCUCCACGCUCAAGGAGGCCAUCCACGUCAUCUCGUGCGGCUACGAGGAGAACACGGACUGGGGCAAGGAGAUCGGGUGGAUCUAUGGGUCCGUGACGGAGGAUAUUCUCACGGGCUUUAAGAUGCAGUGCCGCGGCUGGCGCUCCAUCUACUGCCAGCCCAAGCGCGUGGCGUUCAAGGGGUCUGCGCCCAUCAAUCUGUCCGACCGUCUGCAGCAGGUGCUCCGUUGGGCUCUGGGGUCCAUCGAAAUCUUCCUGUCCCGGCACUGCCCCAUCUGGUACGGCUGGAGGGCGAACAAGCUCAAGGUGCUGCAGCGGCUGUCGUAUGCAAACACGGCAGUGUACCCCUUCACGUCGUUUCCGCUGCUCGCGUACUGCAUGCUGCCCGCCAUCUGUCUGUUCACGGGGAAAUUCAUCAUUCCGGGGCUGACAAUCACGGCGACGCUGUACUUCGUCGGGCUGUUCGCGGCAAUCAUUGCGACGUAUGUGCUGGAGCUGAGGUGGAGCGGGGUCAGUCUGACGGAGCUGUGGCGAAACGAGCAGUUUUGGGUGAUUGGUGGCGUGUCGGCGCAUCUGUUUGCGGUUUUCCAGGGAUUGCUGAAGGUGCUAGCUGGCAUCGACACGAAUUUCACGGUCACGGCGAAACAGGCGGACGACGGCGAGUUUGCUGAGCUGUACAUGGUGAAAUGGACGACGCUCCUGAUCCCGCCCAUGUUCCUCAUCAUUAUCAACGUCCUCGGGAUCAUCUCGGGGUUGGCUCAGGCGAUGAAUAUGGGCACGGUUGGGUGGGGCACAAUGUUUGGCAAGAUUUUCUUUUCGCUGUGGGUGAUUCUGCAUCUUUACCCCUUUUUGAAGGGUAUGAGCGGGAAGAACAAGCGCGUGCCGACGCUGGUUAUUGUGUGGGGGAUUCUGCUCGCGUCCGUGUUUUCGCUGCUCUGGGCGGAUAUCAACCCAUGGGGUGCGCCCGUGACUGGCCCCACUGCUGAGGCCUGCGGCAUUCGGUGCUAGAUUUGAGGUGCUGGCUUGAGGAAAGGAAGGGGGGGAGGGUGGAUCGGUGAGUGUGGUAAGCAGGCUGGGUGGUUGACGUGCAUGGGGAUGGAUGGAGCAGACUAAGAGGCUUCUAGGUGGGCAUGUUUGCCCAUGUUGGAUGGUGGUCGGAUGGUGGCUGGGUGGUGGCUGGCAGGUGGUUGGAAGGUGGCUGAGGUGAGGAGGAGGAUCAUGGGGGUGCGGGAUGGGAUGACUGAGUUCCAGAAGUGUGUAUGGGCUAAUGGCAAGACCCCUUGGUAGCGUAUUCUGAAGGGCAAUGGCUAGCAAAGCCACCUUCAGUUUGACUGAUACAGUAGCAUACAUAGGUGCUGCAAGUUUGCCCAUUCCGGGUCCUGUAGGCUAUCUCUAGGCCCCAACAACUCCUCCUUUCCCCCUACUUGUGAUGUUAGUUUUGUCAACUUAUACAUAUUAUCUAUGUAGAAGUUAUAGGCUAGACUGAGGUAUGCUUCUAAAGUUAUAGGCUAGACUGAGGUAUGCUUCUAGUGAGUACAACCAACUAGUAUUUGUUCUAGGUUUCCACCUCUAGUAA